UACAGUCUGACGGCGUAUUAAUAAUUAAUAUUAAUGAGCUUAGGCCUUCGCUGUUCAGUCUGAGAAACGACGCACUGCGCAUGUCAGUGCAAAAGAUAAACGACUAACGUUACUGCAUGAUCACCGAAGCGCUCACUUACAUCGAUUCAUUCAGGUGUAAAAAAUGGGGAAGACUCUAUCCCACCUGCCGAAGCACACCUGUCAUGAUGAGGGUAAGGAGAGCCUGACCUCAUCACCCAUGCAGACCGAUGACAGUAAGAACGGGGGAGAUGUGUCUCAGUUCCCUUACGUGGAGUUCACUGGCCGGGACAGCGUCACCUGCCCCACAUGCCAAGGCACUGGAAGGAUCCCGCGAGGCCAAGAAAAUCAGCUGGUGGCCCUGAUCCCAUACAGCGACCAGAGGCUGAGACCAAGGAGAACCAAGCUGUAUGUGACUGCUUCAGUCAUUGUGUGCCUGCUGCUCUCCAGCCUGGCUGUCUUCUUCCUUUUCCCACGUUCCAUUGAUGUCAACUACGUGGGAGUGAAGUCUGUCUAUGUGUCCUAUGACCAGAGCAAACGCAUUGUGUAUCUCAAUGUCACUAACUCACUGAAUAUUACUAACAACAACUAUUACUCAGUGGAUGUGGCCAACAUCACAGCCCAGGUGCAGUUUUCUAAGACCGUGAUUGGAAAAACCCGCAUUAGCAACAUAACCACUAUCGGCCCUCUGGAUAUGAAGCAGAUUGACUACAUGGUGCCUACCACUAUUGCAGAUGAAAUUAGCUAUAUGUAUGACUACUGUACCCUGCAGAGCAUCAAGGUGCACAACAUUGUGGUUAUGAUGCAGAUAACCGUCACUACUGUGUACUUUGGCCACGCUGAGCAGGUGUCUCAGGAGAUGUACCAGUAUGUGGAUUGUGGAGAAAACACUACUGCUCUGCAUGAGUACAGUCUGAAUACUCCUCUGGCAGGCUAGAGCUGAGGCUGAUAGCAUAACCUGUCACCCUGUCCCUCACCGCUCCACUCCAUGUGUCAUUGUUUUGGCAAAACUGGUUGAUUGUUUACUGCACUUCUGCCAGUUAACCACUAGAUGUCAGGCAAUUCACGAAUGAUGCACUUUAUUGUCCAUGUUCUCCAUGCAAUAUGAACAUUGCUAGAUCUCGGAAGUUCUCAUUCCAGUUCACUUCGCCAAACUGAAGUGGUUUCACUACAAAUUCAUUUUUGACAAAGUUGAAUUGUUUUCAAGCACUGCAUAUAGUAUUUAAAACCUUUCUAAAGUGAAGUAAUGAUGUAUCUGACGACCAACUGUGCUUUAGAUUGUUACAUUUAUUUCUAUUAUUUUGAACCCAAUAUUAAUUUCCGUUUCAGUGAUUGGAUCAAUGGAAAUAUUACCUGAUGUUACCAGAAUUCCUGUUAAUACUACACUCCACGAGGGGCAUAUUUAAGAUUAUGUUCAGCUACUAUGUGUGUUUCAUAAUGUGACACAGGGAAUGUCAGUGUAGAUAGUGCACAAGUUGGGAAAAGUAAAAUACUUCAAUCUAUUUAUUUUGUAAUGCAGAGUUUCUCAGGUUAAAAUCUGUCAAUCUCUCCACGAGGAAUUGCCUUUAAAUGCAAACUGAUAAAGCACUAAUUACAAAGAACAACAAUCACUGGGAUCUGAGAGCAUCUGGCUGCUUGCAUGAUGGAAGAUAGUAUGAGAUGAUCAUUCCCUCAGAUUCCCUCAUGUUCAGAAUUUAAAUGCAUUUCACAGAAAUGUAGAAGUUUGCUUAUUAAAACUAGAUGUGACGUUUUGAUUGAAAGAACUUUGAUAACAUUUUUAACAUUUCUCAAAAUGGAACUUUAAGUUUUAAACAUUUUAAUCAUGUUGUAAAAAAGCUUCAAAUAUUUUUUUUGCUUAAAGGUGGUCUAUUUUAUUUCAUAACAUUUAUGCAGUUCAUAACAACCGCUGGCUUGAUGUACCUGUACAUGUUUAUAUGUAACACUUGUGAUUUUUGAGAAAAGUGGUUUGGACUGCUUUAGAGAUACACUGAAAUAACUUGAUGCUGACUGGUUUCCAUUAAAUAAACCUGUUUUGAGUCA